AUGGAGGCAUCGCAAUUUCCGGCCCCGCUGCUGCAAGAGGAGCACGAAGCGGACUAUCGCGCUCGAGAGCUGUUCCAUUAUUUCCAGCCUGAUAACCCGGCCUUGCUGCCCGAUCACUCACCCUGUGAUACACCAGGUGCCUCGAGUAACCAGACAAAGUCCAGUCCCAACCUAGUCCUUACUGCUCUGGCGCAACUGGCUGCCAUCAAGGUAGGUGUCCAGCGUGCGAUUAUCAGUCUGAUUGACCGUGAAACGCUAUAUGUCGUGGCCGAGGCAUCGCGCUCGCUUAACCUUGGCGACAACAGCGUCUACGACAAUGAUGGCGAAGGGCUCUGGAUGGGUUGCUCGCGGGGUCCCGCGGCCGGAUCGUUGUGCGAGAAAACAAUCACACUCUAUCCGACGCCGCAAGACAGGUAUCCUCUCUUCACCGUGGAUGACCUCCAGCUUCACCCUAGAUACUGCCACAUUCCCUGCGUGUCCGGGUCCCCGUUUUUCCGUUUCUAUGCUGGAACGCCCCUCAUGACUAGCAAUGGCAUCAAUAUCGGAAGUUUAUAUGUCAUUGAUCCGUGUCCGAAUAUUGUCUUGACCGACUCUCACAAGGAAACUAUAGGCGUCACAGCGAGGGCUGUAAUGGAGUAUCUGGAAACGUCGCGUCGGUCGCUCGAGAGUGGUCGCCUGAGGAGGGUUCUUUCUGGCUUCAAUUCCUUUGUGCAAGACCAACGCCAAACCGAAUGUCAGAGCGAAUCUUCCUCGUUGAGUGUCGACAUGUCUGAUAGUGAUCAAUCAUCACCCCCCAGUACGCCUCCCCUUUCACCACCACAGGCGAAUGUCGGUCCUUGUUCGAAAGACACGAAAUCGAACGUUCCUACAGUGAGUCCGGUGCAGGGAAAGAGCUUGUCUAUAAGGGCCUUGGAUUUGCCCCGUCCAGAAAAACGGGGCAAUGUGGAUCCCGAACCUGUUGCUACACUAGCUGCUUCUCCAAUGCAUAAUAGACGUGAAGCCUUCCAGCGCGCUGCAGACACCAUGCGCCGGAGCUUGGGCUUAGGCGAGAACGGGGGCGUUGCGAUUUUCGCCCUCAAAGAAAGGCUCAGCGUCGACAUUGAUGACGAAGAAGAAUUGGAGGAGGAUCCCGACGUCGUACCGGGGAGCGCUGCUAGCGCUUGGGCAAUCUCAACCAAGCACAGCCAGACUUGGGUUGACGGAGACGCGCGGGACGCGAUACCCCCAAGGCAGAUGACUCGACGCUUCCUACAGCGGCUAAUGCGCCGUUUCUGUCAUGGCGCCCUGUGGUAUUUCCACCGUGACGGGACCGCUUUUUCCUCUGAUGAGGAGACGAAUCAACGUAGCACUGACAAGGUAACUCUCCAACCACCAGCUUUAUUGCAUCCCCGUGCCUCGGGUGCUUUGAGCGGCAAGGACACGGAUUUCCUACGGGCGUAUUUUCCAACUGCUACGCGGAUCAUCUUUGCCCCCUUGUGGGAUCCGUUGAAUUCUCGCUGGUUCGGCGGAUGUUUCUGUUGGAGUUCCGAGGAGACGCGAAUCUUUAGUCCUAAUGUUGAACUUGGCGGCGUGCUUGGGUUUUGUUCUUCGUUGAUGACGGAGGACAGUCGCAUUCGGAGUCAAGAAGCGGACAAUAAGAAGGCAGCUUUUAUCGGCAGUAUCUCCCAUGAACUUCGAAGCCCGCUGCACGGAAUCCUGGCUGCGGUCGAGUUUCUCGCUGAGCAGACAAUGCCCAACUCGGCAAUGCUGCUUCUAGACACUAUUCGCGCGUGCAGUCAGACUCUUUCAGAUGUGUUUGAACAAAUCCUAGAUUUCAGCAAAAUCAACUCGUUCAGAAGGAGAGGCCGUACGGACGGUUCGGUUAGCACGCAUCGAGAGACACGCUCUCUGUAUCUUCUAAAGGAGGUCGACAUUGUCACUAUUGUGGAAGACGCAAUCCAGAGUAUCUGCUCUGGGGCACAUCAUCUCAAUAUCACCCAAGCUAGCGAAACAUUAGGUAGUUCGACCUACGUUGACAUCUCUUUAGAUAUCGACAAGCACGACUGGACAUUCUCGCUGGACCCUGGGGCAUUGCGACGUAUUGUCAUGAAUGUUUUUGGCAACGCCCUCAAGUAUACCAGCCAAGGAUCCAUUCGUGUGAAGUUGGAGAUUGAGCCAAAGAACAAAACAGGCUCCCGUGAUGGCUAUGACACGGUGCUUCUAACCGUCUCUGAUACCGGACGAGGCAUAUCAAAGAACUAUCUCCGCCAUCACCUGUUCACCCCGUUUAUGCAGGAGAACCCUCUCUCGCCCGGCACGGGACUUGGUCUCUCCUUGGUCAACAGCAUCGUCCGUUCUCUCAAGGGCACCAUCAAGAUAAAGAGCCAGGUUGAGACAGGUACCGUGGUCAAAGUCGCGAUUCCGCUUAUGCGGCCGGAGAAACCCAACGGGAUACAUCAUGGAUCGCCAGGCAGCAAUCCCGAGGAUGUUUUUGAAAACGUAAGGAGAGCGCUGAAAUUGAAGACGGUUGCUUUCGUCGAGCCAGAAGACACAUCGACUCCCUCUCCCCGUUCCUUCCUUACCAUCACGAAAUAUCUCAAUCAGUGGUUUAACAUACCCGUUCGAAAGUGGUCGCCUAGGCUAUGCGCAGAUUUAGUGAUAGCCGAUGAGAACCAGCUGCAUCGCUUGCACGGCCUAACAGAGGAAACUCACCUCCUGAUCCUUCAUCGCGAAGGGCAUCGUUCUUACCAGAAGUCGACCGGGCAUCAUCAUAUCCGCGCACGCAUUGGAUGGUUGAGCCUUCCCUGUGGUCCAUACCGGUUGGCCAGAAUGAUUCAAGCUUGUCUACAGGCCCAGCCCCAACCUCUACCUGGACCUGUUCCAGGCGAAAGUGGCGAGAAAAUGGUAAAUGGUGCGCAUUCUAGCCAAAGCCACAAGAUGAGCCUCCCUCUACGUCCAGCGGGGCCGUCCCCGUUACCUUCCACCACAGAACCUAUCAUUCCAGUUUUAGCCCGCGAUUCAGAACCUGAGAAGAGCACUUCCGUAAAGAGGGAUAUACCGCAGCAGGACCCGGCUACAAGUAAUGAAUCUGGUACUCUGGCUUCUAGCGGAACAGAACCCCGCCGCGUCCUCCUUGUGGAGGAUAACCCAAUCAACAUGUUACUCCUGCAGCGGAUCAUCGAGCGCCAAGAACCCAUCGUCAUUCACAAGGCAGUAAACGGUAAGGAAGCAGUUGCUGCAGCUAGAGCCCUAGUCGAGGGUUAUCAUUACGUCUUCAUGGAUCUCUCAAUGCCUGUGAUGGACGGAUUCGAGGCAACAAGAGCAAUCCGUGCAAUCGAAGCUGAGCGGCAGGUUCUAUCCCCCGCUAAGAUCAUUGCGUUGACCGGGCUGGGUUCGAAUGAUGAUAUCACCAAGGCCUACGAAGCGGGCGUCGACGUCUUCGUCACGAAGCCUGUCUCGUUAAAGAAGGUGAUGCAGUUGGUUGAUCUGCCGAGGCCUACGGGGUGAAACGCCAUUGCAACGUCAUGGGACGAUCACUAAAAUUGCUCGUCCUAAUCCUUAUGCGAGGUAGUGGCUUGCUGUGCACUCUCGGGCCAGAGUAGGCUGCUCUGGCGGCCGCGUUCCGCUUAGCUGGUAUUUACAACGCACUGCUGAGCCCCUCUAGGCGUCUACUACCACGCUACUACCACGCUGUAUGACGCGAACGCCUUACCCGACGCAGGUAAAAAGGCCCUUCUCGCUUCAACCCUGCCAGUCUUCAUCCUACAGCUCGGAGAAACCAUGCAUCUUCAAUCACACCUCGAGAUCAUUUCCGCCCCCUCCCAACCUAUUGCAGCUACCUUCCCGAGGACAUCCCGCCAGAGCACCUCCUCCGCCCUCUUCAACCCAGCCUGGUCACACCAGAAGAACCCGCCUAGCACCUCCCGCGCCUGUUCCCACUCCCAUAGCCCGAGAGACCGCACCGACAGGGCCAGUUGCUCGACGAACCACGGGUACGAGGUAUAGCUCUGGCUCGCCAUCCCGCCGACGAAGAGGAUCCAGAAGAGGAGGUCGGGGGCGGUUGUGGUGAGAUGGUGUAAGACUGUGUUUGUAUCUGUGUUUAGAUCUAUGGUUAGAGCAGUCUCCGGAUCUCUGUUUCGGUCUAUUUCUGCGUCAGGAAGAGUGGCGCAGAGGCCUUCCUUUAGAUAUCGCGUCGUAUACUCCAUCGCCGGGAAGGGCUGCAGAUGCCACAUUCUGGUUGUGAGGAACGUGAGGAGCGUGAGACGGAGCGGUUCGUUGAGCGGGCUGUUUCUUGGAUUUAUGCCUAGGCUCCUGCUCAUCUCGGCCUCGGCCUCGGCCUCGUCCUCUGCCGUUGUGAUGACGCGCUCCGCAGUCGUGUACCGCGUAUCCAAGAGCUGAUGCUCGAAGAGAAUAUACAAAUCAUUAUCCGUAUCCAUGACAAGCUCCGGCGCCAGAACCGCCGACUCGUAGUAAACGAGCAGUCUCAAGAAAACCCGUAGGAAAGUCUUCAUGCUCGACGCGAGACCAGGAUACCACGGUGCCUUGAAAAACGAGGUCCCCAGUGUACCCAGGUGCCUCGGGGUCGUGAGCUUGAGUUCGUGCGCAGGCUGUCCCCGUGCUUGUCCCUGUCCCUGUCCUGCGCUCGUUUCGAACUGGUACAGCUUUGCGUGUUGCAGGAUGGCGUUGCGCCAUUUGGGGAAGAUGGG